AUGCGCCCGGGCCGGCGAGCGGCGGCUCCGUGGCGGGGCCGGCGCAUGCGCGGGGGAGGGGCCGCGCCGGGGGGGGGCGGAGCGUCGGUGACGUCAGCGGAAGCGCGAGCAGCCGGCCGGCGGGCUCUCCGUGCGGCGGGCUCUCCGUGCGGCGGCCGCCCCGCUUAUGGCCGCUCGGCCGCCGGGCUGAGGCGUGGGCGGGCCGGGCACGGGCGGAGCGCGGGCUCCGCGGCUUCCGCGCCACCUUCCCCCGAGCGGCCCGCCGCGGGGGGCCGCAUGAGCCAGGGGGCGAUGCCCCAGCCGGAGGGCUGGCGCCCGGACAGACCCGCGCUGGACCCGGAGAGGGCUGCGUUCGGCCGGGGGCGGGCGGCGCCGGCCCCCGAGCCCCCGGGACCCGGAGGCCCCCGGCCCUUGGCGGCCACGGCGCUGGCGGCGGAGCAUGAGGAGGACAUGUAUCGUGCUGCAGAUGAAAUAGAAAAGGAAAAAGAAUUACUUAUUCAUGAGCGGGAGUCAUCUGAACACAAAUUAAGUGUGGCACCAGAAAUGGAUAUCAUGGACUAUUGUAAAAAAGAGUGGAGAGGAAAUACACAAAAGGCAAAAUGUAUGAAAAAGGGCUAUGAAGAAGUUUCUAAGAAAUUUACCUCUAUAAGGAGAGUCCGAGGAGACAACUAUUGUGCCCUCAGGGCAACUCUCUUCCAGGCAAUGAGUCAAGCCACUGAGCUCCCGACCUGGCUUCAGGAUCAGGAUAUAGUGAAGUUACCAGAAAAGCUCAUCAGGAGAUACAGCUGGAUCAAGCAUUGGGAACUUGGCCUCAAACUUGCUGGGAAGGGAGAGGACCUGAGUGACAAAAUUCAAGAAUCUCUAGCUCUAUUAAGGAGGAAGUGGGCCAGUCUGGCUGAAAUGAAAAUCACGGAAGAGAAGCAAGCCGCUUGUGAUGAACUGUUUGGAAACGAGGAGGAAGAAUACAGCCUCUAUGAAGCUGUGAAAUUUCUAAUGCUGAACACAGCUAUCGAACUCUAUGAUCAUAAAGAAAAGGGAAAGGAAGUACCAUUUUUCUCUGUGCUUCUGUUUGCUCGAGACACAUCCAGUGAUCCUGGUCAGUUACUGAGGAAUCAUUUGAAUCAAGUUGGGCGCACUGGUGGCCUUGAGCAAGUUGAAAUGUUUCUCCUGGCCUAUGCUGUGUGCCACACCAUCCAAGUGUAUCGGCUAUCCAAGUACAGCACCGAAGAAUUCAUCACCCUAUAUCCGACAGAGCCCCAGCAGGGCUGGCCCAUGGUGACUCUGAUAGCCGAGGAUGAUCGGCAUUACAACAUCCCCGUCAGAGUGUGUGAGGAGACCAGCUUGUGAAUGCGAGUGGCCCUUCUUCUGAGCUCUGGGGGCUGGGGCUGAAAUGACAGGUCUCUGUCAUCCCUAAGCCCGAGGGACCAUGCAACGAUUUAUGAGAGACCGCCCCCCCCACCGUAUAUGGAAUCUGAAUUUAGAUUCCACAAAAGACUACCUUUGACCCAUCCAGGAAGUGGGUCCAUUGAGCAAAGUCUUUUCCUGGGUGAUGGGUCACAUUAAGAGGCCUACACAGAGGUUGUAAAAGUCCAUGCCUCUAAUAGCAGAAUACCUCUGGAUUGGAGACACCAUUCACAAGGGGACGUAUUGUCAAAGCCAAACCACCUUUCAGUGAGAAACUGGCAUUGAUUCUUUUAGGAAGGGAUUCGGGCAGUGUUUUCAGCAGUGAUGGGUCUCUGUGAUGGUCUUCCUAUGCAGUGUGCCCGAGUAUUGGGGCUCUGGAAGUGAAUUUGGUAACACCACUUGCUUCUUGGCACUCUUGCCCCAUUGCUACGGCGGGACAAGGAUAUGGAAGUUUGCCUCUGUUGGUUUUUGGUUUUUUGUUCUUUUUUAAUGUUUGAAAUAAAAUAUACUUGAGAGGAUUCUAAUUGGGUAAUCGGGAGAUUAGAACACAUUGGAGGGACGUGGAGUGGCUACCCGGAGGCACAGUGAGGCCUGGCAAAGGGGCACAGAGCCUAUCCACUCAGAUCACCCUGAAAGGAGCAGGUAGACCUCUAGGAGAGAGUUGGUCCUCUCUACGUCUGGAAGGUCACACUGUCAGUCCAGGUAACAUCAGGUGGCUGUAGUUGGAGUGCAGGUUGCUGUAGUUGGAGUGCCAGGAUUUUAGUCUGAGGCUUCACUGCACAAGGGGUGGGUGGGAGCUUUAAGAUUUCUAGGCCCACUGUCCGUAAAUAACAAUAUUUACUCUUUUUUUUAAUGAUAUUUAAGUAACAGCAGGCAAACGUAUCCUAAGGUUGCCAAGGUUGUUGAUUAAGUAGGUUCCUCUAAUAUUUUAAUUUGGGCUGAAGCAUGGUGUAUUAAUUCUAAGAACAAGAAUGACAAAUAUUUAAUAAAUUGCAAAAGUACAAUAACCUAAUUAAUUUGGGAUUUGGAAUAAUUUGAACUCUCAGGCGCUUACCAUGUGGGGUGCUUUGAGAAAAGCGAUUGAGUUAUAUAGGCUGAAGGGACUGGCUGUCAGGCCCCUAACUCCUGGCAGAGAAGCCCGUUGGGAGCUGGGCCGCUGCCCACUAGUCAUUGAGAAAGAGAGGAGGCUAACAGUUCCGAAGGACCCACUGACCGGAGCCUUUAUGCCAGCGUCCAUCCCCUCAAAUUCUACGGGUACCUUUCCAGUUGCAUCUGACUGCAUUGCAGAUGUCAGGACUAGAUCUAUCAUUACUCAUUUCUCAGCACCUGGUACACAAUUGUGAUUAGAACACGGGGAGUGGCCCACAAGCCAAAGGAGGGAUAAGAAUAAAAGUUUGUUCAGGUGACUUUUUUCUUUUUCAGCUGAGCACUUUUAUUUCACUCUUGCUAACACACCUCUCUGAGUCUGAGUGGAAGGGCACCAGUAGCUCUGCUCAACCAGGGAGUUUUUGUGACGCCUUAGAGCGGUGUUCUCCAGGACCAUUUCCUCCAGGCAGCGAGUGGCAUCUAGCAGCUUCUCAAGGUAGUGUGAUUCUAAACCUUGGCAUGUGCUUCUCUGGGACCCAAGUGCCCCAUCCUGAAAUUGGACUAAGAGGGUUUAAGGGCAGGAACUAUCUGCUGUGCUCUUUUGUGUCAUGGUUAGUGUCCAAGAUGCUUAGAAUUCAUGUGAAAAAUAUUUCAUACCAUACUUCUCUCCAAAUCCAGGGCGGAAUCGAGUCCAUUGUCCACAUCUGUUUAGCUAUUCACCCAAGUGCUUAAUACAGUGCUUUGCACACAUUAAGCACUCAAUAAAUAUUGAAUGAAUUAAUCCAAACUCCUGCAAACUUCACCUGUCACUUCAUCAUCCAGUGAGCACGCGAUUAUAACUUUUGAUUGAGUCACCGUCUGAGAUAAGUGGAAGAACACAUUGCAGGAACCUCAGUUAGGUGAAAAGUGAUUCCGUGAAAUAUUGCUAAUCGGCAAAGAUUUCCAAAAAUGGAUUUUUAUGCCAAAAUGUAUAUUUCUUGAUUGUCCAUAUUUUUCAUUUUAUUUGUCACUAAUAGUCGAGGAAGUUCAUAUUUCGAGGAAGUGUUUUGAAUGGUUCAGUGAUAAUCAGUUUUGAAAAAACUGGAUGUCGAUCAAAGAGGACUCAGGAGGAUUACAGUGAACUUUAAAGUGUUGAUGCUGUUCUGGAAGAGGAGCAGAUGAUAGGAACAACAAACCCACAGAGUACAGAAUUCCAGCGCUAAUAGGAAUCAGGGAUUCUAGUCUUGGUUAAUCAACUACAGAAUUUGCCUAAGGAAAAGAUGUUACAUGAGUUAGGGUGCAGCCUGUCUGCUAUUUAGGGGAAAAUUGCACUUAAGUCUGAAAACCUCAUGGCUUCUUUGUAGCCUCCAGUGAGUAGACAGCAAUACAAAAGCUACGCUUCCAGAUUCUUUGUUUUUCUUCCUACCAUAUGUAUUUUUUCUGUACAAGCAGUGACUGUUUACUGAUCCAUAGAAAACAGAUUCCAGAGUUUGGAUGAAAGAGAGGACAGGACUCUUCAAAGGUGAGUAAAGCCUCAUUACCAUAGGUGUCCCCCUCUGGUUCCAGGAAGACUUUAUGGGUUGAAGUCAUCUUUUCAUCUUCUUUCUCACGGUUGUCGUGAAUGCAACACUGGGAUUUCUUCAGCUCGCUGUGUUCUCUGCCAAGAAGAAAAACUGGGAGGAAAUAUGAUGGGUUGCAAAAGACCAAUGGGUUCUUUAAAGGAGGGUCAUGGGACUCUCCAGCAGGCAAAUGUUGGACCAGUGAGAUUAUGUAGAGUCAUGCACCAUGGAGAAGUAAAGGGUACAGGGCACUAACUCCUUCAUGAUCCUAAUCUUGGUUUCUCAAAGACUCGGGCAUGAUAGAUGUUGAACAGGAAUGAAGUUCAUGCCAGAGAGAACUGACAUUGAUUCGCAUUUGGUUAUGUGAAAAUUAUGGUGGUUUGAAAAUGUUUUAAAGGCACUCAACUGACCUAUCUUGAUUUUUACCUGUGCCUCUGUGGGGACCUUUGUUACAUAUUCAGGUUAUUAGACUGAGUCAGCAUUUUUGUAUUCAGACAAGGUGAAGAUAAUGUUUCCUUUGUCUCCUUUAAGAUGUUUUUAUCUUGGUCUGUGAACUCAUUUUAGUGUAACAGGUGCAACCUCAGGUCAGUUCAGAGACUCAUUUUACUGUGGAACUGGACCAUGUCAGGCUACCAUGAGCUGCCUACUUCCUUUAAGGGCUUUGUGGUCUCCCACAGGGGAAAGGUGCUAUUUUGCAAUCUUAAAAUCCAGUAGCUAGAAUUUUUAUGGAAGUUUUCAGUGAAGUCCUUCAUUUUGUUUUUAUUGAAACCCUAAGGUCAUCUUGAACAAAAACUGUGUAUUCAGGCAUUUCACAAAGAUCCGCGUUGUCUUUUCUGGUGUAAGGAUUGUUUUUCACAAGACAGUUACUGAAUUUGCACGUCUCUUGCCUGUUCCCAUUUGAAAUCCUGGAAACAUUUUGAGAAACACAAACCACAGGGAAAUCUUAAAUAUACCUGUAAAUAAAAGCCAAACCGUCCUUUGAGAAUCUG